AUGCUUGCGGCAAACGACCCCACACCAUCACACCACAAAAAGCGCAAACACCCCGAGCCUGACUUCGCCAACGAGAGGACCGGAGGCAAGAAAGGGAGCUACUCCAUGAGAUUCAAACUGAAAGCAGCCACAUUCACGCGAGUCCUUUGCGAGGAUGGUCAACCAGUGGGAAAUUCCGGAGCGGCGAACGUUCUCGGGGUGGAUCGUAGGCGCAUCAUCACCUGGGUCGGCGAGGAGGCAACAAUGAAGAAGCUGGUGAAGGAGAAGCCUAAACUAUCGAAGGCAAAAUCGAUUCACGCUGGUAUGGCACCUAUGACAGCCGAGGUCGAACAAGACCUGGAGGACUACAUCAACGAGCAGCGUAGGGAACAUCGCGGCUGCGGAAGCAUGGAAGUCAUGAACAAGCUGCUUGAGCUGAAGCCUGACGCUCUCGGCGGGUUGACAGCCGCUGCGUCGGCGGAGGAGACAUUGGCUUCCAGGACCAAGUUCAAGACCUGGUACCAUCGUUUCCGCGAACGCCGCGGUUUCAGCAUCCGCCGGCGCACUAGCCCGACGGGGUACGAGGGUUUGGCGUUCGCGACGUUGAUGAAGCUUCGUACGGCCCUCUUGGAGCGCGCUGGUGAGAUCUACGCUCGGCGCAACCCAUCUGCAUCUGGCGAGAGCCCCAUCAAAGGGAAGGACCUCAGUCCCGUGCAGCUAGAGUCGGCUGCCGCGGAAGUGUUCGAAGAACUCGGCAAUAUGGACCAAACGCCAGUCCAGCAGGAGAUGCCAGUGGAAACAACUCUGGAGAAGCGCGGUGCGAAGAGGAUGCUCGCAUCAGCACGGGAGUACAUGGCGUCGGCGAUCGCAGACCCCAAGACGGGCAAGCUUCAACCGCCGGGGCGUGGGCUCGUGUCGACGUGGUGCUAGGAGUCAUGGACAGCUAUCACCCCCGAAACGGUCAAGAUGUGCUUCAAGGUGUGCGGCCUCACGCUUGCGCUCGACGGUAGCGAGGACGACGCGUGGUGCACCCACAACUUUGGUGAAGGCUACCGUGAGGUUCUAGUCCAG